CCACUCUGUACCUGUGUGUGUGAGCUGCCUUUGGUUCACUUCAGGCUUGUGUCAGAUACCCUCGCUACACCUUUUCAGGUCCAACCAGCUUUUCCUUUUUCUGCACGCAGACAUGAGGACCUCUGUGGUUGCUGUUGUCAUGGUGAUGUGCGGGGUGAUGGUGCACGCUGAUGUGAAGCCACAGAGAGAUUUCAGCCUGCAGCGGUUUGCAGGGAGGUGGUACCGGGUUGGCCUGGCCUAUGACUCUCCCAAAUUUAUUCCCCUCAGAGAUAAAGUGAAGGCCUCCAUGGGCCUGAUCACACCUCUGCCCAACGGCAACGUCAACCUGACAAUGUGGGACGCCACGCCUGUGGGAUGUCUGAGGCAGGUGUACCAGUAUGAGAAGACCAACACACCUGGACAGUUCUCAUACUUCAGCACACGCCACAACAUGGUGAAGGACAUCACAGUAGUGGACACAAACUACACCGACUACGCUCUGGUCCUCAAACACAAAGUCUUUAACAGAGAGUACACACAGGUUGCGCUCUACGGUCGCUCUAGUACUGUCAGACAUAAUAUCAUUCAAAGGUUUAAAGCCUUCGCCUUGUCCCGGGGUUUCCCUCCAGCAUCUAUUCUGACUCCGCCUCCUGCAGAAAAUUGUCCACUUUCAGGCUCUGGAUGAACUGUCCUCCUGUGUACCUGAGAUGAGGUGGUUCCUGCUCUGUAUUUUCCUGUCCACUUUUUCCAGCGUUUACAAUGAAAUUCUACAAAGAAACUCUCAAACAACAAAUGUGGCUAAAAAAGAUCACCAUCAGAGAAUAUUUCCUAUGUACAAUGCAUUCAUAAUCCUCUUUUCUGUUGGCUUUUACAUUAUUACAUUGCUUUUCUUCCUGAAUGACCAAAACAAUAAAGAUUGUUUUACUGUG